AAGAGGCCGAGGUCGCUAGGCCUCCAAGAACGACUGCCCUUCUCUGGGGUCCCCGAACAGGUGGAUGUGACCGCCAUGGAGCUGUCCCUGGAGAGGGGCCGCUCUCAGCAAAGGGGGAGGGAGCCCCACUGCAGACCAUCCACUGCUGGGCUGUUUCCCACACAUACCCAGGGGAAGAGGAACCCCCAGAUGGAGCACGACUUCGAGAUGCAGCCGCACAGAGCCCCCAGCCCCGGACCCUCCUCCCGCAGCCACCAGCUGGGGUGCCCGGCCCGCUCCUCAAAGCUCCCGGGAGGGGUGUGCACCCUCACCCCUGUCCUCAGGAAGACCAUUCGUUUGGACUCCUUCCCCCAAAGCCACAUCCCACAGGCAUCCGGCCGUCCGGGCUUUGGGGCCAGGGCCCACAGCGUGCCCCUGCACGAGCCCGGGGACAACCCAGCGCCCAGGAAACUCAGCUCCAUCUCCCUGACGCUCCGCCAGAACAGCCAGGCGUGGUCGCUGCGCCCCUCACCUUCUCCCUGGGGAGAGUUUCCCACUCUGGGUCAGGAGGCUGCCAUCCACGGAAAAGGAAGGCUGCCCACUGCAGGCUCAUCGUCUGUGACCCUCAUGCCAGGGAGCAGGGUCCACUCCGAGGGCCCAGGGAGCCCACAUCUGGCCAAACCCAGCCGGACGCCCUUAGCGGAGAAGCCGCUGGUGAGUUCCUACCUGACCCUCCCUUUCCAGUCCCGGCUGACCCAGGGCCCACCAGGCCCUCCGGGGCGGGGAUCGGCAGGUCAGAGGCACCCCGUCCCAGCGACUGACCACGUGCCGGCCAGAGCCUCCCCAGGAAGAGGCAGGAACAGGUCCAGGGGCCUCCCAAGAUCCCGGCUGCGUCUGCAAAGGCCCACCCCGACCAGCCCUGCCCAGGGGACUACAAUGGCCUUGGACUUGGCUACUCCGGACACAACAGGGUCAGGCACCGCCCAACCCUCAGCUGCAGUGGCCACCAACAGAGCCCGCCUGGCUGUCAGUUUGGUCACCCCAAGCACAUCCAGAGUGGACACAGGCAUAGAGCGCCCGGCUCUGGACACCAGGCAGAGCUCAGUCUCAGACUUUUCUGCCGUGGGCACCAGCAAGUUGGACAUGCUCGUGUCCUCGGUGUUCCCAGACCCAGACAAGCUGGGCAGGGCCAGGGUGAGCACAGGCAGGGCAAAGGCAAACACAGCCACUAGGGCCGUGCCCGUGAACUGGGCCGCACUACACCCCGUCAAGCCGGGCACAGCCAGGUCAGACACAGCCGUGGUUUGUGCUCGAGCAAAUACUAUCAAGCUGGACGUGGCUGCAGACUCUGCUGCUUUGGACAGAACCAGACUGGGCCCAUCCCGGGCUUGGGUGAUACCGGUCACCCCAAACCCAGCCACUGGAGACUUUGCCACUGAACCACUGAUGCCAAACAGAAGCACAGACCAGGCCCUGGACCACACAGCAGCAGUUGCUGCCACACUGGACCCGGACAGAGAAGUCAAAGGGCUCACAGAGACCAGGACGGACGCAGCCAUGUCAGAGCUGGUGCCCGAGCCCAGGCCUAAGCCGGCAGUGCCCAUGAAGCCCGUCAGCAUCAACUCCAGCCUCCUGGGCUACAUCGGCAUCGACACCAUCAUCGAGCAGAUGCGCAAGAAGACCAUGAAGACCGGGUUCGACUUCAACAUCAUGGUCGUCGGUCAGAGUGGACUGGGCAAGUCGACGUUGGUCAACACGCUCUUCAAAUCCCAAGUGAGCCGCAAGGCCUCCAGCUGGGCCCGCGAGGAGAAGAUUCCCAAGACCGUGGAGAUCAAGGCCAUCGGGCAUGUGAUAGAAGAAGGAGGGGUCAAAAUGAAGCUGACUGUCAUCGACACACCAGGCUUUGGAGACCAGAUCAACAAUGAAAAUUGCUGGGAGCCCAUCGAGAAGUACAUCAACGAGCAGUACGAGAAGUUCCUGAAGGAGGAGGUGAACAUCGCCAGGAAGAAGCGCAUCCCCGACACGCGCGUGCACUGCUGCCUCUACUUCAUCUCCCCCACGGGACACUCCUUGCGCCCGCUGGACCUGGAGUUCAUGAAGCACCUCAGCAAAGUGGUGAACAUCAUCCCUGUCAUCGCCAAGGCUGACACCAUGACCCUGGAGGAGAAGUCUGAGUUCAAGCAGAGGGUUCGCAAGGAGCUUGAAGCGCACGGCAUUGAGUUCUACCCCCAGAGGGAAUUUGAUGAGGAUCUGGAGGACAAGGCGGAGAACGACAAAAUCCGGCAGGAGAGCAUGCCCUUCGCCGUGGUGGGGAGCGACAAGGAGUACCAAGUGAACGGCAAGCGCGUGCUCGGCAGGAAAACCCCCUGGGGGGUCAUCGAAGUGGAAAACCUCAGCCACUGUGAGUUUGCCCUGCUGCGAGACUUUGUCAUCAGGACCCACCUCCAGGACCUCAAGGAAGUGACACACAACAUCCACUACGAGACCUACCGCGCCAAGCGGCUCAACGACAACGGGGGCCUCCCUCCGAACAAAGCCGUGAGCCUCGCUCAAAAGGUCUGGGGGAGGUUUCAUUUAAAAAUGAUGGGAGCAGGGUGUAAGCCCAGUCUACUUCCAAAAACAACUUCAGGCCACCUUCAGAAUAAAAUCCCAGCUGAAAGCAUGGGUCGGUCCGGACUGAGGCCCCGAGAGAAACCAGCCCCCCAGCGAGGCCUGAGCAGCAGCCCCUGUGGCCCGGCGCCGGGCUUGUGGGCGGCCAGGCGGAGGACACAUGGCGGCUGGCAUGGCUCCCGUGCCCGCCAGUUUUUCGGCAUUAAGUUAUAGAAGAACUGAGUCUAAAGGCAAAACAAUACACAAUAUUUGUCUUUCUCCUUGGUUUGGCUUCACUGGCAAAUUUUAAAACCACAGCUCCCUUCUCCCCAUCAGACUCCCCCCCACCCCCCGGACGGGCCCCUCGCUUCUCCCCUGCUCACGGGCCCUUGGCUGCCUCUUCCUCUUCCGCUCUCACUCUCGUGCUGACGCCGACUGCAUCUCUGUCCGUCUGUCUGCAUCCCCCGCCCGCCCACUUCUGUAGACAUUACAUACAUUUAGCCUUUCCUUGCUGUUCCCUGCAGCCCUGCACUUAUUAGCGCUUCUGUGUGUCCCCUGUUGGUGUGAGAAACAAGUGGCUCUUUCUCCAUUAGUGUGUGAGGUGGCUGAUUCAGGGCUGGGGAAACAGUGUAGCCUCAGCCAAGGGAAAGUGCCAGAGUUUACAACAACCUCUCCUGACCUCCCCUUCCGGCCCUAGGUGUUUGGGCCUCGCAGAUCCCAGCAUUUGCGGUUGCUUACCACUCAGGUGCUAGGGACACACGGGCUGCAGACCAGCGUUCAGUGGACCGGGAGGAAGUGGGUGACCAGAUGGCCAGGAACCCAGAACCCACGGUCUCUGUCCUUCCUGGAGACCCUGUACCAACUCAACCCACAUCUGUCCUCACCCACAAAAGGAUUCCAGGGUGGGCACCUGCCAGGGCAGAACAGCAGCAGGGUCAGAACCCAGAGGUCACCACAUUUCAAUGGGGGGGGGUGUCCCUGGUACGUACAGCAAGCAGCGCGUAUGAGGACAUGGGAGUGGAGGUCUAGGCCUAGCAGGGAAGAUCUAGGGGCGGGGGCGGGGGCACUGGAGAGGCUGAGUAGGAGAAUGAUGGUUGGCGCCCCUAAACCCUCACCUGAGCCCUCCUGGAGAAGCUAUUUUCUAUGUCUGCUGCCAGCUGCUGGUGUCCACACCCUCAACCGUUCUCAACCCCCCUGCAGGGAGAAGGCCUCCUGGGCACUGUCCUUCCACCUGUGCCAGCCA